UCGUGGCUAAGUUCGAACGUUUUCACAUCGGCAUUAUCGAUAACUCCCCCAAAAGCAGGCGGAAUCACGUGUGUGACAAACAUGUACGUUUGUACACGUGUGUCAGUCAGUUUACAAUCCUCCGCGCAUGCGCAGUAGUGAGACGGUGGCUCCCCUGGUUUCCCAGGGUAACCAUCAACAAGCCUGUAGCGAGCUAACGGCAUGUUUAGCUUUAGGUUGUAUUCAUAUCGCUAUGGUCUGUAUUACAUUAGACAAACAUAGUGGUAAUUUAGCGCUACCAAUUACACACUAUUACGCAUAGGAAGCGUAAAAGCUUACGUUAGCCUGCAUUACUUGUCACAGUGAACUUAACAAACACUGGCUUAGCUAGCAUGCUAACGUCAGUGAGCGCGUCCACAGGAAAGCGUGUAGCGGUGCAGUCUUCAGAAUGACUAAUCAGCCGUUCACGACGCUGGCUUACACGAAGAGCCCGAAAACAACAAGGAGAACAACGUUUCAGGACGAACUUCAGGCUGCUGUCUCCGCCAGGGCGAACCAAACCAAAACGGAUCGAUACUCGUAUUCCGACGACUUCAACGACGACGAAGACGAUUUUUUUAAUGAGCUCCUUAAAUCAAGAAAAAAAAAGUCUGGGUCGAUCAAAGCGGCGAAGAGUCAAGCCAAAACAAACAACUUUGACAUUUCAGACGACGAGGGCAAACAGGGCCGGACGAAGAAGGUUUCCUUUCUAAAGACCCAGAAAAUCGCCUCUCCCUCCGAGUCGCGCGAAAACGAGCCCCCCGACCCCCCCGCCGGUCCACCCAGCAAUCACCAGGACUCCUCGUCCUCGCCGCGCUCCACCAACAUCAGCGAGGAAAACGUCCGAUUUGACAGCAGCGAUGGGCUGUCCACCGAUCCUCGGAUCGCGAGAAGGAGCUCCAGUAAAUCUGUGUCCUACCAAACGUCCGAUGACUCUCUCCUGGACAUGCCGUUGCCCUUACCGGCUGACAACAUUGGGGAGGGUCCUCCUUGUCCCGGGGAGGAGAGGAGCUCGGCCCCGGAGGGAGGCUGCCAGACUCCACCGGUAUCAGCGCCCGACCGCCCACGCGUGCCCUCAGCAGAUACCAACAAGGAGCCACCCAGGCCCAAACCGAGGCAGAGGACUCUCGGAUUGGGCCUUCGCGCCGUGGACAAGAUGGCCGAAGACGCUGGAUCUCCGGGUGUCAGCAGGCCCCAGACGUCCCCUGCGUCCAUCGCCCUGUCGUCCGACACGUCCAGCAGCCUCGCCGGGGGGGAAGAAGGCAGCCUCAGCAAAUCCUCUUUGGGGAAGAGUGAGCAGUCACAGCUAAACACCACAGCUGAUCCUGGAUCCACAGACGGCUUUAUUUCCGACGGCAGCAAAGAGCAGGAGAGGAAGAACUCCACGUCUUUGGAAGAGUUUCACGCUGACCCCGGGGAUCGCUCUCAGCGGGUCUCUGCUGUCCAACAAACGGCCCGUGAGAGCAGCAGGACAUCGUGUUCUCGCUCUGCUCAGAGACCGCACAGCGUGUGCUCCGGGGAGGUGCAAUCAAAGUACCUGGGAACUCUCAAACUCCUGGACCGCAAAGUCUCGGAGCACGAGUCUGAGCCCCGAGCAGCCGAUUCCCUCAGGGCGGCCAUUUACCAGGAAUGGCUUAAAAAGAAAAAAGAAAAGUCACGAGAUAACUUGCAAAUAAAGAAGGAGGAGGAAAUCCUGAAAGAGAAGAAGCAAAAGGAAGAAGAGGCUAAAAAGGGAGAUGCCGUUGCAUCGUAUGAGGCUUGGAAAGACAAGAAGGCAGAGAGUCUCAAAGCUAAAGCCAAAGAAAAGCAGGAGGCGAUCCGAAAAGCACAACGAGCAAUCGAAGAGAACGAAGAAAAGAAGCAAUCUGCCAAACAGGUCUUUGAGAAGUGGAAACGUGAGCACGAUGACCUCCUCAAAGAAAAGUCCAGAAGACAAAGAGAAGCUGAAAAAAAACGUUGCCUCAGAAAACAAGAGAAGGAGGAAGAAAGAAAGACAGACAGCAAAUCUGCCUUUUCUGACUGGCGUGAGAAGAAGACAGUUGUGCUCCAUGAAAAAGUCUUAACAAAGCGAGAAGAAAGCCAGAAGAAAGCGGAGGAGGAGCGCUACCUGACGGAGGAGAGAGACAAAAUGGCCUUGGAGAUGUAUGAAAGCUGGCUGCUACGGAAGGAUCUGGAACAGAAGAGACAAAGAGAAGAAAGACGAAUACAAGCGAUACUCCAAGACGACCCCCCACCUCCGUGGAGCCCACCGAAUAAAACCAUCCCCUUUGGGAAAUAACUUAAUAACUCUGUGUUACAUUUGAAAUGUCUUCUGUAUGUUGCAUUUUAAAUAUAGUUGAUGGCAGCUUCUGAAUUUUGUAUACAUAUUUUAUACAUUUUAGAUGUUUUAUAUUAGCGUGUCGGUAUCAAAGGAAAAUUGCAAUAACCGCUAUUACCAUGUUAUACAUUUGAAUGUAAAAUGGCAAUAAGAAAACAAGAUAUAAAAAGCUUUUUGAAUUGGUUUGCUGAUUCCUGUACUUUAAUAGUUGAGCUGCUGUUGGUUUCCACGUAAGGUGGAUUUUUGUCUUGAGAUUAUAAGAAGGUCCAAAACGUGACACAUUCUUAGAAACUAAUCAGUAAAACAUGAUUUACUUUUACCCAAUGUGUAUGUUACCCAUCAUCAAUAACAUUGACUGAGAAAAAAGGCCUUAAUGGAUAUCUUUAGGGAUGCAACAAAACAAUAAACUCAUGAGGGAGACACUUUCA